AUGGCUAAAAGAGCAAACCCUUUUAUCGAAGACUAUAUACCUCAAAGCAAAAUACACGUGAGUCUGAAGCAAUUCAAUAACAAUGAAGAUCGAUUACAAAAAGUUUACGUGAAGACACUAGACCUUUUGUAUAAAGGUGCCAAGAAAUGCACGUCUCAAGAUAUUGUCAAUACUAAAGAUGAUAAUGUAAAAACUAUAGAGACGAAAAAUAAAAUGAAACAACUGUUUAUUGGGAAAAAUGGAUCAUUAUUACUGAAUAGUGGUACUAUGGUGUGCAGUAUUAGUAAGUUAGUUACGGAGCGAUGCUCCUGUGGUGUUGAAGGUGAAUCUAAGUGCGCAUAUUGUGAAGUGCCGCUAUGUAUGACAUGCCAGCAUGUAUGUGCCCACUGUGACCGUUCUCACUGUACCACAUGUACUCUUACCAGGUUCGAGGCUUCAGAAGUAUGCGUCUCAUGUUACAGUUAA